CUGUACGGUAGCUGGUUUGUUUAUAGUUAUUUAGCGGCUAGCUUUACUUUUAUUUUAGUUAUAAAUAAAUAAUAAUGGAGGUGGAGUUCAGCAAGGAAAACUUUCUGCUGCCGGAGGUGAAGUACGAGUACUUGGAUCACACGGCGGAUGUGCAAAUCCAUGGAUGGGGUACAAGCCUGAAAGAGGCGUUCGAACAGUGCGGAGUGGCCAUGUUUGGAUAUAUGACCGAACUGGAUUACGUGUCCGUAGAACACUGCUUCGAAAUCCAAGCGCAGGGCGACGAUCUAGAAGGACUACUUUUCCAUUUUCUCGACGAGCUGCUGUUCCUCUUCUCCGCCGAACCAUAUCUGGUAUGCAAAAAACUGGAGAUUACCAAGUUCGACUUGGAAACCUUCGAGAUCUCCUGCCGUUGUUACGGAGAACCCUUCGAGUUGGGAAAACAUCCACAAGGCACCGAGGUCAAGGCAAUCACAUACUCGGCGAUGCAAAUCGUUCAGAACACUGAUGCCAGCAACUACGAGGUGUUUGUUAUAAUUGAUAUUUGAUUCAGCUCCGAUCUGAAAUAAAUAUUACUGUUCCGUUUCAA